AUGAAAGUCGUCGCACUUGUCUCUGGAGGCAAGGACUCUGCCUUCAAUAUGCUUCACUGCACUCUCCAAGGUCAUGAAAUUGUGGCCUUGGCCAACCUUUUUCCUCCCAAAUCCGUGGGCUCUGACGAAAUGGAUAGCUUCAUGUACCAAACCGUGGGUCACUCUGCUGUCGAACGUUACUCCGAGUGUCUCGAUAUCCCCCUUUAUCGCCAACCCAUCACAGGAACCACGGUGGUGACUUCUCUUGAGUACCGACCAAUCCUUGUUGGUGAUGAAGCAGACGUGGCUAAUACUACUCCUGCGCCAACAGACGAGACUGAAGAUCUGUACAACCUCCUCAAAACCGUUCUCCGCAGUCACCCGGAAAUUAAGGGUGUAUCUGUCGGAGCCAUUCUUUCACGCUACCAGCGAGUACGUGUUGAAAAUGUCUGUUCGCGGUUAGGUCUCACUUGCUUGGCUUUCCUUUGGGAACGAGUCCAGGCCGAGCUGCUCGACGAGAUUAUUGCAUCAGGCACUGAUGCUCGCUUGAUCAAGGUCGCUGCUUACGGGCUUUCCAAGGAAGAUCUUGGAAAGUCUCUUGAGCAAUUGAGACCCAAACUUGCUCGGCUCAAUGCUGAAGUAGGUCUUCAUCUUUGUGGUGAAGGCGGAGAGUACGAAACGCUUGUGUUUGACUCGCCAUUGUUUAAACGUGCCCUUGUUGCUGGGUCUGCAAAAGUCAUUGAGCACUCUGCUUCCGAUAACGUGUACUUUUUGGAACUUUCCGAUUUCCAUACAAAGGAAAAGCCCGGAUAUGACCCAUUGAACAUUGAUUCAUGGAAAGACAAAGUGGCCAUCCCCAAGCUUCUCGACGCUACUUAUGACGAGGUCCUAAACCAAAUCAAGACCGAUGACGAUUAUUACAAGCCUAGAGGUGACAUCUCGUUAAACACCCUCGACCCUAAGGAAACUCAUAAAGUUCCUGCUGAUGAUGACUUGUUUUAUCAGCCCGAUAAAACGAUGCACAUUAAGCCCCGCGUUGUGGUCAAUGACAAGCUCGGCACUGUGUGGAUUUCCAAUGUAACUGCUCCUCCAAUGGCCUCGGAUUAUCCUGUAGACCACGUCACGGCACUUGUAUUUGACAAGGUCCGUGCGCUGCUUGCAGCCCAGGGACUUACUCUCAAGCACGUUCUGUUUACACAUGUGCUCCUUAAAAAUAUGGCCGACUUUGACGAGUUCAAUAAGGUUUAUGGCUCAUUUUUUGGAGCCGAAUCCAACCCACCUGCCAGAGUUUGUGUGGAAAAUGGCGCGCUUGUCCACAACUCGCGUGUCCAACUGACAGUCGUGGCUACUAAAGACUGGAAUAAAAGAUCUGGGUUGCACGUUCAAUCUCGAUCUUACUGGGCGCCCGCAAAUAUUGGACCUUACUCUCAGGCUGUUUCAGGUAGCGCAGCCGAUGGCAUUAUUUAUUUUGCUGGACAAAUUCCUCUGGUUCCUGCAUCGAUGGAACUUUUGGAUGCUCCUGCUCCAGAAGUGCACUCAGUGUUAGCUCUUCAACACCUUAACCGCGUGGCCACAGCAUAUCAGCCUGUGUCAAGUGUCCCUGGCACAGCUCCAUGCUACGCCGGACUCAUUGCCUAUGUUACCAGUCCCGAAGCUGGCGAUGCAGUGGCUAAGACAUGGCCCGCAUAUCUUGCUGUAACAAGCUGGGCCGGCCUUGACGAAGACGCCAUUCGUGAUGCAAGCUACUACCACGGUCACCGGGCCGAUGUGCCUCUUUUUAUUGUCCAGCUUACUGGGCUUCCUAAAGGUGCUCCUAUCGAGUGGUCCGGAUAUGGUGUUGACGGUGAUGCGUUACGCGCAGCCAAGGCUAAGUUUGAGCAACGAGACUUGGAAGAGGAAGAAGCCGAUGGAGCCGAACCCAUAGCUCCGUACUUUUUCAAACCCAUGUACAUCAAUGGCAAGUCUGGAGGAAUUGAGUUCCGUGGGUGCCGGUUUGGUGUACAGGCUUUUGCGAGUUUUGUGAGUGACCAAGAACUGACAGAAGAGGAGCUCCAGGCGCUAUACACUGAACUGUUUGCUCUUAAAGGCAUUGACGACGAGUUUGAUGCAGCCGGUGUUGACACCGGAUACGUAUUUAAAAAACUUAAGGUGUCGUUGAUCUCGGGUACACUUUUCUAUACGGCAAAGGCACCGACUAACGGGCUGCUGCUGAAUGAGGUGCGUGUCGGGUGCGUGACCAUGCUUGACCGAAAGAUGACCAACAAGCCUUUUGGUUACCUGGUAAGACUGAUUGGCGAGUAA